ACGAGAGAAGGACAGUGGUCUUCACGUAGCCCGGAACUCAUCCCCUGAAUGUUCCUCACGUCUCUUCCAAUCCAUUCCACUGAAUCGCCUGCACGUCCGUGUGCAUGGAGUAUUAAGUUCAGGACCAGUUUAUUCUAAAACUCAGGAGGAACAACCGAAACAAGCCGUGUAUAUAAACCCCUCUAAUCCAACGUCUUUCUCCAAUCCAAGCAAGCGUUCCACAUUUUCUCAGAUACUCUUGAUACGCAAGAGGAUGGCAACUCACUGCUACCUACCUCUCCUCUUCCUUACCUCACUGUUUUCUUUUGCCGUUGGAAUCCCACAUCAAGCACCUAAGAAGACCGAGGAGAAGGUGGUGGCGGUGGAAGGCAUGGUCUACUGCCAGAACUGCGCCCAUGUUGGCUCUUGGUCUUUGGCCGGUGCGAAGCCCCUGCCAUCAGCCAAGGUGAGCAUUGCAUGCAAGGACCACAAGAACAGGGUCGCAUCCUACAAAGCAGUCCAGGCCAAUGGGGAGGGAUACUUCUACGCGCCGCUUGCCGGCUUGGAGGACUACCAUGUUAAUCGCCCGACCGACGCUUGCUCGGUGCGCCUGCUCUCCUCUCCUGAUGCUCGCUGUAAUGUGCUCACCAAUGUCAACCAUGGGACUGAGGGAUCCCGACUUCAGGACAAGAACAAGAGAGUCAUGGCAGGGGGCUACGGUGCGGAUAUAUAUGCUGCCGGGCCGUUGGCUUUCCGGCCAGCCUACCGCCCUCCAAAGACUCUUUAUUGAGGAGCUAUAUAUCUGCCCUUUGUGGUGUCUUGUGACUGCACUGUGUUAUUUGUUUUACUUGUUUGUUGCUCGUGCACUUGUGUUUUCCUCCUGUGUUAUUGGUUUUCUUUGUUUGUGGUUUGUAUCGUCUUCGUUUUCGGGAGCUUU